AUGCCAACCCCACCAUCAACCCCACCAUAUCCUCUCACGCCGGUACAGACUCGGCCCCGGUCGCCAUCGACCUUUCCAUCACCCCCAACCUCCCCAUCUUCUGGAAUGACAAACCCAACGUCUCCAACCCAGCCUGCUAUCUCCCUCCAUCAACCAAAUGGCAAGAAGGGUUCUUCAAAGCACAAUAAGAUAUUCCGCCGUGUCCGGGCUGUUUUCCGGUCAUUCCCUAUCAUCACUCCAGCAUGCAAGAUCCCCGUCUCGCUCCACGGAAACCGCCUCCAUGACGGGCACGUUGGUGGGACCCGCAUGACCGGAACCCUGUUUGGGCAUCGGAAAGCUAGGGUUAGUCUUGCCAUCCAAGAAAGCCCCGGGUCCCUGCCUAUUUUAUUGCUUGAACUCACAAUUCCCACAGGAAAACUCCUCCAAGAUAUGGGAGUGGGGCUUGUUAGGAUUGCCUUAGAAUGUGAGAAGAAGGCAAAUGAUAAGACCAAGAUUGAGGACGAGCCGAUAUGGACAUUGUUUUGUAAUGGUAGGAAGUGUGGUUAUGCGGUCAAGAGAGAGCCAACCGAUGAAGAUUUAAAUGUAAUGCAAACCUUACGUGUUGUUUCAAUGGGAGCUGGUGUAAUACCUACCGGAGAUGGAGCAGAUCAGCCUGCAGAUGGAGAAUUAACGUACAUGCGGGCAUUCUUUGAACGUGUGGCAGGGUCCAAAGACUCAGAGACCUAUUAUAUGUUGAAUCCUGAUGGAAACAACGGACCAGAACUAAGCUUAUUCUUCGUCAGGCUUUGA